AUGCUUCCUCACCUCGCCCGGAUGGAGGGCUGGUGGCUCGGCCCAGGCUUUGACCUUCUACUCGAGCUCGUCAACGCCGACCACGUCCACGUCGCCCGCCAGGACUGUCGCUUUCUGCACGCCAUCCAAGCCAGGCUCCGCGCGUUUGACAACUCCCGAGACGCUUUCGACCGGUGCGCCCCUCCGGCUGCCACUGCGUCUUGGGCGAGUGCGAAUUCCAAUCCCCGGAAAAAGCUGCGCGGCGCGUUGGAGCUCAUUUUCAAACCAGCCGACGAUGGAGGCUUGCAACAAGGCCAGGCGUUGGAGGGCUUGGCUCUGCUACAAGAGGUGGAGGCUCAUCGCCUCGAGCUGAUCAAGGCAGCCAAGCGCGCUGUGCAAAGCUGCGCAAAGGACGACGGCACGUACCACGUCGUCGACGUGUUGAAUCAAACCACCACGGAGAGAUACGCCUCGUUCCAGCUGGGGUUCCGCGUUCUGUACUUGGUAGACGUUUUACCAACCGGUCGCAUAUGCCAACACGACGCCGCCAAAGCCAUGGCUCGCCUCAACGCCCUGUUCCCGCCAGAUCUGACAGCUCACGCGCAUCAGCCCCCCAGCCUCGCUCCUUGCACCCCGGAACUACGAGACAGCAUACGAUUUUGCGUUUACGAGUAUUUGAUGAGCGAGCAUGAGAAAUCUCCGCAAGAUUGCGAGCUAUUCAUGCGCAGAUUCACCCGGUCCUGCAGCUUGCCUUACGACCAGGCCCGGCAUUCGCUCCUCAAGUAUUCGGUAGAGUUUGAAAAGGUCGAGGAGGCGUGUCUCAGCAUACUCAACGCUGCGGAAGACGCGCGUUCUACCGCAGAGCGGAUAACCCGCGCUCCGAGUCUAUCCCGCACGCUCUCGCCUUCAUCCGACGAUUCGAGAAGCUUGGAAGCAGCCCGCGAUGCCUCCAGCUCGCAUAGCGGCGGCGGCGGCGGCGACGCGUUUGAACAACCUGCAGACGCAUCAAUUCAUUCCUCUGUUCGGACUUGCGCCGCUACGUGCAGCCCGCUCGACAACUACUACUCCCCUCUGCUGAAGGGGAUGCCCGGUCGCGAAAUAUCUGCGGCAAAAACAGACGGCGCCGCAUUCGCCAUGGACUUUUCUGCACCCGACGUGCUCGUCUACCCCGACGACUUGUCCAAAGAGGACUUUGAUAUGCACCCGCUUGCCAAACAUAUGGACAUGAGCGGCAACGAAAUGGCGCAGCUGGGUCUUUUGCUCCCCAAGGAACGUCCAAGUCGAGACUUUUAG